AUGGUAGAUCAGUUGAAACUUCAAGGUUGCCAGUCUGAGAGACUGAAUGGUCAAGUGUACUACAGAGUCAAUGAGAGAGAGGUAGCCUACUACACACUGGACCCAUUGUCUGUAAGACAGUUGCUGACUGAUUACUUUGAUCUGCAGCAAAUCCAGAGUGAACAGGGAAUGCCAGUAGAUUACGUUCGCUCUUUUGUCAAUGCUGAUGCUACCUACCAAGUGCCAACAUGUAUUGGUCUGCCACUGACUCUUAACCUCACUGCAAUCACUGCAGUAAGAAUUGAAGGACAAAUAAAGGCAAAGACUACCCCAGCUGGAAGCCUGAUCCCUGAUGUUAUCAACAUUGAAGCAAGUCUGACACCAAGAAUUGCUUUUGAGAAGACCUACCGUAUGGGUUGUGAUGGUGUUUUGUUUACUGCCUCUGCUGCUGCCAAGUUGCGCGUCAGCUCUGGACAGGCCAUUCGUGGCAAUGCCCAGUACUACACCAAGACCAGCCAGCUUACUGCUCAGAUCCAUGCUCCACAACAGGAGGUGACACUUGUGGGUGCCACUGCUGUCCCCAUGACCUGCUGGAGAGAUGUCCCUGGCCAGCCGUCCCAGCCUGCACAGGAACAAUGCAUAGAGAUCGCAGGACAGGAGGUCAAUGUUCCACAACAGAGAAGAUACAGAUAUGGCGGUGAAGGUCUUGGUGUUGAAUUUGAGAUUUUUGCCCAGUAUGUAAAUCGCACUGGUGCUCCUUUUGCCCCAUUCCACCCACUGGUAGGCAAGCAAAAUCUGCAGGUCAAGGUUCGACCUGCAGGUAAUGCAGCACAGGCUUACCAGAUUACCUUCGAAUACAGGAGACAGCAAGUAAGUGAAAUUAAUGAACCACUGUCCGUGAAAAUCAGCCCAGUUCCUGGCAGACAACAGGGAGGUGGAUCGGUUGCAGGUGGAAGCCCACCUUAUACCGAGCAACAACAAGAUGGAGCAUCUGAGGGAGGCUUCUGGAGCUACUUUGGUUUUGGUGGUCAGGAGGAAGAAGAAAGCUCAAAGAUUGGAUAUUCCAGCCCUGUCUAUGGGUCACAGCCUGCUGGUCCAUAUGAACGCACUCAGAUCUUGUUUGCUGUCCAAUCUCAAGGAGGAAGUCAGCCUCGCCAGGCUAAGGUCAGUUUGGCCUAUACACGUGACCAAGAGUCUCAGCGUAGCAAAGUGAGUGCGCAUGUGAUUGUCCCUACUCCUAUCCCAGGUGUUGUGGAGUACCCAUGGAGGGCAUGUGUUGAUGGUCAGGUGAGCUAUCCCAGACUCCCUGACAAUGUGGCAAUCGCCCAGGUCCCUCAGUCUCAGAAGGUUGUUGAUGCAGGAGUCACUGUGGCAUGGGGCAGACAGUGCAGCAACCCACAGAUUGCUAUCAAGGCUCUAGCAGGCAAAGGCAGUGGGCAGAUUCAACAAGAGAGUGAACAGAUACAGCAGCUGAGGGAACAGUGUCAAGGAAAUCCCCAGGGGCAGCCUGCUAGUGCCCCCCAGCAUCAACAGACAUACCGUAACAAGUAUGCCAGGCAAUCUGGUGGGCAAGCUGCUGACUGGGCCAACCCUUCAUCACGUGCACAAAACAUCACAUAUGAGAGAGCAGUGGCGUGUGAGAGACUGAGACAGGAGGCUGCUAGGCUGCAACAGUGGGAUGUGUUGAUCCAAUACCAGCAGCUUCCCUAUUGGUUUAGAGCAGCCAUCUCCAGUGCCUACCGCUACGCUAAAUACCAGCAGUACAGCCGUCUGAGUGUGGAGGACAUUGAUGUUAACAACCAGCCAAACAAAAUCAGAAUCCAGGCUACAAGUAUAGGAAGUCCAAACCAGCCCCAGAUUGCUGUAAGAUGCCAGACUCCCACUGAGAUUUCUACAUUCCAAAGCAUCCCUCUCCCCUUUGCUCUGCCCACUGUCUCCCUCACCACUCCUAUCAUUGAGGCAACUUUGCAGCAAGCAAGUGGUGGCAAACUACCUGCUGUCUGCAAAGUUCAAGGGGGCACUGUGAAAACCUAUGAUGGAAUUGCUUCCAAAUUACCCAAAGCUCCUUGCGAUGUGUUGCUGUCCAAGGACUGCUCCCCAAGAGAAAGCUUUAUGGUCAUUUUGGAGAGUAAUAAAGCCAAUGACCAAAUAGGUAUUAGAAUUGCCCUUAAGAAGAAAGUUAAUAUCCAGCUGACACCUCAGGGAAAAUCUGCUGAAAUUAUAGUAAAUGGUGCCAAAAAGGCAGUCCCUCCAUCUGGAGAGCUGAAGAUUCGUGAGGCAGAAAGUCCCAGCAGUCCUAUUAUUGCUACAGUGCGCAAGACGGCAAACCUUUAUGUGAUUAGUUGCCAAGAACUGGGCCUGUCUGUUCAGACAGACUUGGCGACAGUCAAAGUACAGAACAACCCAGCUGUGUACCGUGGUAAGACAUGUGGUUUGUGUGGUAACAUGAAUGGCCAGACCAAAGAUGAUCUAGAGGGCCCACGCAAGGAGCGCUACGAUAACCCAGAACAUUUUGCCUACAGCUAUUUGAUUCCAAGUUCUAGAUGUCCAGCUGAAAUGAUUGAAAGCCUCAAGAGCAACAAGCAGAUCAAGGCAAAAGUACCAGCAUGCAAACCAAUAUUCCGUAACAAGAAAGAAACCAGAGAGUACAGAGGCCAACAGGAAAUCUGCUUCUCUCUGAGACCAGUCAGGCAGUGCCCUGCAGCCUGCAAGAAAGUUGGCAUCCAGCGCGAGCAACUCCCUUACCACUGCCUGCCUGCUAAUGCCGUCUCAACCAAACAGAUGGAUGCUGACAUCAACAAAAGACCACUGAAGGAGCUCAUCACCAAGCCUGAGCACAUGCGCAAGGAAGUAGAAUACCCAGAGGACUGUCAGAUUUAAAUAUGGUAGAUCAGGCAAAGAAGAACUUUAUGAUUAUGGAACUAUGAUUAAUGGAACAUUGCUUUUGCAGAUAUAAUUCUGAUAAUGACUGCUUCGUAUUCAAUAACAGAUAAAUAUUACCAUUUUCUUACACUGGAUAGAAUAUGAUGAAAGUGAAACAAUUCAAAUUGUCCUUUUCUGAUGAAAUCAAUGUAUCCUUUGUA